CCAUUUCUCGAUUUAGUGUUCAACAUGGACUUUUCAGACGACAAGGAUCAUCACCAUGACACACAUGCCAUUCCACCUCAAUUUAUCCAGGAGCAAUAUUGGCACUACAACAAAGUCAAAAUCUCGGAUCUGGAAAACGAUGAGAGUGUAGUCAAUUGGGAUAAAGGCUUGAGCGAAGAACAAGCAAAAGUUCUCAGACCGGUCAGCACGAUCUCGAAAUCUGCGAUCGAAAAAGCUUGUAUUGCUUUUAGAAAUGCUGCGCUGGGGACUGAAGGAGAUGAGACACCGCUCGAGACGGAGAUUGAGGAUGUGACUGUUUAUGAGCAUGCAGACUNNUUCCAGAUUGCACCAGGUAUUCUACCUCCUGAAACACAGGUUCUCUGGAUUUCGCAAAUCAUGCACAAAUACAUGGCCAACCCCAAACACAAGAUCAAUCUUCAAACAGAUUUCGAUAUCGAAUAUCCCACACCAGAAGACGAAAAGGCGGAAGAGACACCAUCUUUGUUCUCAUACGACCCUCAAUCUAUACACGCAACACCAAAGGAUCCGGAAUCUCAAAAGUCACUCAACAUGGCACAAAUGCUAUCAAGGAAACUUCGCUGGUUGACGUUGGGUGAACAAUAUCACUGGCCAACCCGCAGCUACCCUAGGAAUGGACCUACAACUUUCCCCUCAGAUCUAAGCACACUGGUCAGCGGUCUCUUCCCACACAUCAGACCAGAAUCUGGAGUUUGCUUGUUGUAUGGACAANAGGAUUAUAUGCCAGUCCACCGCGAUGUCAGCGAGCUUUGCGAACGUGGACUUGCUUCCUUCUCCUUUGGCUGCGAUGGCAUCUUCGUGAUCGCAAGAGGCGAGGCAGAAUUACAAGAAGGAGAAGACCCUAAGAAGAGGACUGUAGCUAUCAGAGUCAGAAGCGGUGAUUGUGUGCAUAUGGAUGGCGAAACCAGGUGGGCAUGGCACGCUAUGCCUCGCACGAUACCAAACUCCUGUCCAAAAUGGCUGGCCGAGUGGCCUGCAGUCAAGGGCGAUGCGGCAAAGAGAGUCAGUGACAAAGAGCGCAAGGCUUAUCAAAGGUGGAAAGGUUUUAUGGGAACUAAGAGGCUGAACGUCAGCGUCCGGCAAGUCUGGGAUUGA